CGUGUAUUCGCCAUUUUGGUAAGUAUAAUUUUAAUCCGUUUUGUUCAGAAGUAAUAAAGGUCAUCUAAUAUUUUUAAAAAGAACAUCAUGGCACCAAAACGAAAUAAUAUGAUUCCCAAUGGCCAUUUCCAUAAGGAUUGGCAAAGAUAUGUCAAAACUUGGUUUAAUCAACCAAUGCGUAAAAAGAGGCGUCAUUUAAAUAGAGUAAAGAAAGCACGCCGAAUUGCACCCAGACCAGCUGCAGGUCCAAUUCGUCCUAUAGUGAGAUGUCCAACGUUUAGAUACAAUUCCAAGCUUCGUUUGGGAAGAGGUUUUAGCCUUGAAGAAUUAAAGGCUGCUGGAAUUCAUAAAAGAGAAGCUAGAACCAUUGGUAUUUCUAUUGAUUACAGAAGAAGAAAUAAGAGUGUUGAAGCAUUACAACAAAAUGUUCAGCGAUUAAAGGAGUAUAAAUCCAAAUUAAUACUUUUCCCAAGAAAUAUGACUAAACCUGGAAAGAAUGAUGCUAGUGCUGAAGAAAUAAAAAUGGCGACUCAACUGCAAGGAGUUAUAAUGCCUAUCCAUCAGCCAAUUAGGAAAGAGAAAGCAAGAGUUCCAAGUGAAGAAGAAAAGAACUUCAAUGCAUUUAUUGCAUUAAGGCAAGGUAGAGCUCAUUCUCGCCUGUGGGGAAAACGACAGAAGAAAGCAAAGGAGGCAGCGGAAAGUUUGGAACCUCCUCCACCAAAAAAGAGUGCUGAAUAAUGUACAAUUUACAUAAAAAUAAAGACGGAAUAUUGAAGUGUA